AGGAGUCGAUCCCGCAGCUCCUUUUACCGAUACUCCCGAUGGCCGGAGCUCGCUCGUCCCUCGCGAUCUUCCUCCGCCAUAACCACCGCGGCUUCCGGCGGAACCCUAGCUCUCGCGGUCACGUCAGACGCCUCAGCGUCGGCGGCGACGACGGCCGCCGGGGCGAGACCCGCUCGCUCUCGGAGAUCGCCGAGGAGGUCUGCAGGAUCACGCGGACGAGGCCCAGGUGGGAGGCGACCCUGGCUUCCGAGUUCCCCUCCGUCGAUUUCUCGGACCCGGGGUUCUUCCGCGAGCUGUUCCGGCGGCAGAGGAACGCCUUCCUCUCGCUGCGCUUCUUCCGCUGGGCCGCCUCGCGCCGCGGCGCCCCGCCCGACCCGGCCUCGUGCGCGCUGCUGUUCGACGCCCUGGUCGCGGCCAAGUCGCCCGGCGCCGCGAAGUCGGUGCUCGGGACCCCAGGGUUCUCGCCCGGGGCGGAUUCGCUGGAGCGUUACGUGCGCUGCGCCUCCGAGGGCGGCCUGCUCGAGGACGCGGUCGACGGGUUCUUCCGAUUGGGGGAGUCGGGGGCUUGCCCGUCGUCGAUCGAGACGUGGAAUUCGGUGCUGAAAUGCUGUCUCGAGGCUCGGAGGACCGACCUCGUGCUGGAGUUCUAUGAGGAGAUGGUGAAAUCGGGGGUCGUGCGCAAUGCGAAUGCCGAGACCGUUGGGCACCUGAUUCGAGCCUUUUGCGAAGGCGGGAAUCUGUUGAGAGGUUAUGAGUUGCUUUGGCAAGGGAUCGAAGGCGGAUUGAUACCUCAGUAUUCGACUUUCAUUUGGUUGAUAUCUGGGUUUUGUAGGCAGGGGGAUUAUGCGAAGGUGUCCCAAAUACUCCACUUGAUGAUCGCGAAGGACCGUGCUCCGGAUAUGUUCACAUAUCAGGAAGUCAUUAAUGGGCUCUGCAAGAAUGGGAGGCAGCUCGAGGCUUAUCGGAUUUUUAAUGAUCUAAAGGAUAGAGGGUACUUUCCGGACAGGGUCGUGUACACUACAUUGAUUCACGGGUUCUGCGACAUCGGACAGAUUGGUGAGGCGAGGAAGUUGUGGUUUGAAAUGAUUCGUAAAGGCUUUGUCCCUAAUGAGCACACUUACACUUCACUGAUUCACGGGUUUUUCAAAAGCGGGAAAGUAGAAGAGGCCAAAAAACUGUUUGACGAAAUGUGUUGUAAAGGUCAUGGAGAGAGCACAGCAGUUUACAACAUGAUGAUUUCUGGGUUAUCUAUACAUGGGCGGUUAGAUGAAGCUGUUGGCAUGUUUGAAGAAAUGCCUCAGAAGGGCAUUGCUCGUAAUCAGAUCACCUAUGACACUUUAGUACAGGGCUAUUGCAGGGAAGGAAAGAUAACUGAUUCUAGAGAUCUCUUGAACGAGCUAUCACUACAGGGUGUAGUUCCAUCAAGUUCAUCUUAUGCUGCACUUCUUGAAAAGCUCAUUGAGCUGGGAGAAUUGGAAGGAGUGAAGUUGGUAUUGAGUGAUAUGCAAAACAAGGGUGUAAAACUAUUGGCUAGUACUUGGGAUCGAAUUGUUAAUGGAUUGUGCAAAAGGGGAUUCGUAACUGAGGCGAUGGGCUGCUUGGUUGACAUGCUAAACAGAAACAUCCAGCCUCGUAAGACGACUUUCAAUGUGCUUAUUCAGAACCUCUUACAAGGUGAUAGCUUAGAUGAUUGUGAACUUGUGUUAGACACUAUGUUCAGGAUGGGUUAUGUUUUGGAAGAAGGCAUGUGCCAUUCCCUGGUCAAUAAAAUUUGUAAACAAAAUAGGAACUUUGGAGAAACAUGUAUGGCAAAGAUUCUUGAAGGGAACUGAGGUUUUAGAAUCAUCACUGUUGAAAAUGCUUCAUUUGUUCUAUAACUUAUUUAUGAACAAGUUUUGCAGCUGACUGUAAAAUUGAUAAA